UCCCCAGACACAGAGCUGCUGUUAACUCCCCUGCAGUGCUCGGGGCGCCCAGGAUGCUCAGGGGACGGGUGUAUGUGCGUGUGUGCGCCUUCCCCGAGCACAGCCGGGGCCGCGCUGCCACCUCGGGUGCUGCCCGGCCACCUCUUCUGCCUGCCCGGGCAGGAGUGCAGGCAGCUCCCCCUGCGCUGCCUCGGCUUUGCAGCCCAACGCGUGUGUGAAAAGCCCGAUCGCUCCGGAGGCAGCCCGGGACGCUGCCGGGGCCGGGGAUGCUCCCCUGCCAGCCCCGCUAGCCCGGCCGAGGCAGCAGCGCGGCGUGGAAACCUUCGGGGGACCCCAGGACAGCAAGUGGGCAGCGGUGGCCCCGCGGCUGUGGCACUGCUGCCCCUGGGAGGUCCCUGUGGUACCCUCACAGUGAUGAUGACAGCGAAGAGUAAUGGCCUGCAGAGCUCACCAGCCACGCACCCCCCCGGCCCACCCACCCGAACCCCAGCACAGGGGGCCAUGGGGGGGACAGGGCUCAGCUCCAGGAGGACCUGCUCAAUCCAGGAUGACACCUCCUCAGAGCUGUGGAGAGGAGCUCUCCUGGAAGGGGAGGAGCAGACAGCUGCCUCUGCUUUCCGAGGCCGGGGAGCCUUGGCCAGGAUAGUCCGGCUGGUGCUGGUGCUGAGGGACUGGGCCAACAAGAGCCUGCACGAGGAGCAGCAGAGGCCAGACCCCUUCCUGGAGCGAUUCCAGGGCCCUGAGCUCCUGGCAGUGGCUGCAGGAGCUGGAGAUGAGCCAGAGGACGAGGAGACCGAGAAGCUCAACAAGAGGAGGAAAUGGCAUCUCUUUGUGGUGGACCCUGCUGGGGACUGGUAUUACCGUUGGCUGGCUGUGAUUGCAGUUCCUGUCCUCUACAACUGGUGCUUGCUCGUAGCCAGGGCUUGCUUCACUGACCUGCAAGAGACCUACGUUGUCCUCUGGCUGGUGUUAGAUUACAUCUCAGAUGCUCUCUACGUCGGGGACACCGUGAUCCGCCUGCGCACAGGGUUUUUGGAACAGGGCCUCCUGGUUAAGGACUUGAAGAAGUUACGGGAUAACUACAUCCACACCCUCCAGUUCAAGCUGGACGUUGCGUCUGUCCUGCCCACAGACCUGGCAUACUUUGCAGUGGGAUGGCACUGCCCUGAGUUACGUUUCAACAGGCUGCUGCACUUCUCCCGUAUGUUUGAGUUCUUCGAUAGGACUGAGACCAGAACCAGCCACCCCAACAUCUUCCGCAUCAGCAACUUGGUUCUUUACAUCCUGGUCAUCAUCCACUGGAAUGCUUGCAUUUAUUAUGCCAUCUCCAAGGCCAUAGGCUUUGGAGAGGACACCUGGGUCUAUCCCAAUGUCACAGACCCUGAAUACGGGCAUCUGACCCGGGGCUACGUCUACUGUCUGUACUGGUCUACGCUGACCUUGACCACCAUCGGAGAGACCCCUCCCCCUGUGCGGGAUGAAGAGUACCUCUUUGUGAUCUUCGACUUCCUCAUCGGGGUGCUCAUCUUUGCCACCAUCGUGGGAAACGUGGGAUCCAUGAUAUCCAACAUGAAUGCCACCAGGGCGGAGUUCCAGGCAAAGAUCGACGCCAUCAAGCACUACAUGCAGUUCCGCAAGGUGAGCAAGGACUUGGAAACCAAAGUCAUCAAGUGGUUUGACUACCUGUGGACCAACCAGAAGGCAGUGGACGAGCGGGAAGUCCUCAAGAAUCUCCCCGAUAAGUUAAGGGCAGAGAUUGCCAUCAACGUUCACCUGGAGACACUGAAGAAGGUGAGGAUUUUCCAGGACUGUGAGGCAGGACUGCUGGUGGAGCUGGUGCUGAAGCUUCACCCUCAGGUGUUCAGCCCGGGGGAUUACGUUUGCCGCAAAGGGGACAUUGGGAAAGAGAUGUACAUCAUCAAGGAGGGGAAGCUGGCUGUGGUGGGGGAUGAUGGAACGACACAGUAUGCUCUGCUCACUGCAGGAGGCUGCUUUGGUGAGAUCAGCAUCCUCAACAUCAAAGGGAGCAAAAUGGGCAACAGGCGCACGGCCAACAUCCGUAGCCUGGGCUACUCCGAUCUCUUCUGCCUGUCAAAGGAAGAUCUCAUGGAAGCAGUCACAGAGUAUCCUGAUGCCAGAAAGGUUUUGGAGGAGCGUGGCCGGGAGAUACUGAUCAAGGAAGGGCUGCUGGAUGAGUCAGCUGCAGAGGAAAGCACAGAAGGGAAGAGCAUGGAGGAGAGGCUGGACAGGGUGGCCUCGAACCUGGACACGCUGCACACCCGCUUUGGCCGGCUCCUGACAGAGUACAAUGACGCCCAGAUGAAGCUCAAGCAGCGCAUCAGUGCUCUGGAGUCCAAGAUGAGGCAGCAGGAACUGGAGGACUUCUUCUCUGAUAGCUCAGACAGUCUGCUUGAGGAUGAGGAGAAAGCUUCAGCUGGUGGGAUGCACUGAGGGGGAGCAGGGGUGAGCUGGAUGACGUCUGCCUUGCACUGAGACAGUGUUUGCUGUUUCACAAGGCAGAUCCUGUGGCUGCCUUGCCAAGGAUUUCUCUCAGGUCCUUAGUGUUGCUGCUCCCACUGCCUAGAUGGCAGCUCCUGAGAUGGCUCCUAAUCAGGGGAUUGUCCGGGCUGUUCCUCUGUCCUAUCCCUUUUUUCGUUGCCUUAAUCUGAGACCUUGGACUUGGGUCACUAAAAAGAGGAGAAUGGUUGAUGCCACAGCUGACAUUUCCUUCCAGCUCCUACAAAAGGUCUGUGCCCAUCACACCUCCUUCCUCGUGUUUGCCUUAAUGGAGGGUGGGACACGAACCUGGCAGGGAGGGGUACCUGGAUGAGAGAGACCAAGACACAAGCCAGAUAUUUACAAAUGCUUUUUGUGUUCAACCUUUAUAACUCGCUUUGGUAAUUAAUCCCCACUGAGCGUCUGUGAACGCCCAGUCUGCACAGAGAGAUCCUUACCUUCCACAUACCAAAACUCAGCUGAGACUGGCUGAACUGUACCUCCUAUGUCUGCAAAAGGAGAGGAUUUCUAGGUCACUGUCACUGCCCAGAUCAUCACCACCCAUGCUGAGGCUGGACACCGAGCUGGCAGGGCCUGCAGCUGCUGCCUCCUGAUGCAGGAGGAGGACAAGGACUGUCUUUCCCCUCUGUCUGAUGACAGCCAGAUGUGCCAGGGAGGGUUUGACUGAAAUGUUUUUAAGGAACAAAGCCGUGGUGGGAGCCAACUGUGCCCGUAUUUGCUUUGCUGUGGGUAGCUCAGAGAGAGCACAGAACACAUUUAUUUUCUUAGGCAGGAGGUUUUCUUGUACUCAGUGGGAGUUUUGGGGCUCUGCAGGCCAGCUGCCUCCAGGAGGCGAAAUGAGUGGCAGAGCCACGGGGACACGUGUGAGGGUGGAAACGUGGCACCACUGUGUGUGCCAGCAAAGCCCCUCCUGCAGCCCUGUGGGCUCCACGGGGUGAGCAGCUUGAUGGUGAGGGGUGCAGUGCAGGAACAGCCCCCAAAACCUGCAAGCAGCAGCAACUUCAGCACAAGCAGCAGUGCCACCCAUGCCUCAGGGUACCGGGCAGCUGCUGGGACUGGAGGAUGCAACCUCUUUUCUUGCUGCUGACCCAUGUGUUGGCAUGUGGGCCACCCGUGUGGGGUGGGCUAGGGCUGGUUUCCAACAGGAGAAUGUUUGGUGGAGGAGGGAAUUCAUGUGCUGGGUCAAAUCGAGCUGAGAGUUUGGCUAAAGUAAUGGGAUGACACACAGGGAAUCAUCAACUCAGAAAGCUGGAAAACAGGUUAUUUCCUUUGUCCUUUCUUUUGCCUCCAGUGUGAGACUGCCUCUCUUCAUUUCAUAUGAACAUUUUCCAUUUAAAAACAAUGGCCUUGCUUUUUGGGAUUGGUGGGGUAGGAACAGUUAUGUUAUCAAAAUUAGAAUUUGGGGUAAGAUAAGAAGGGUUUUUUUUUUGUUAUCUCUAAAUUAAAUUGUAGAUUUU